GUUUCACAACGUUGGAUUUCGGGCGACAAACAACCGUGCUUUUUAAUGAACUCGUAUCGCCUGUUCAUACAAAGGUCGAUGUGUGAUGAUCAGAGAAGGAUGAAGCUUAAUCAAUGCUGAAUGAACUCCGACGUUACCGACACCCCGGAUAUGCCGAUGCUCGGGGCGCGUCGCCAAAACAACCGAAAAACGACCCAUCUCUGCCCUGCAGACGAUGAUGCCGCUGAUGCCACCGCGGUUACAUCAACGAAGCUGUCUGUCAAAUGAGAGGCUUAUUGUGGUCAGUCCUGGGGAUUCUGGGGAUAGUCAGAUCGUAGCGACUGUGAUGAAACCUCGCGACAAUUUCAUGCGUCGACCUGCGCAGGACGGCGUGACAUGCACAUACAGCAGGUACGUAUCUCGUUCCUGGUCGCGAUAUGAAUACCUUAUUUGCGCCCGCGUUUUGGUUGCUUGCUUGUUCCUUUGUUUUAAUCCAGGUUGUUGUAGACUCCGUAGGUGGCCCCGCUACCGUUUUAAAUGCCGGCGUAUGGAGCGCGGAAGCUGGAUGAGAUGUUUAUGAUCAGACCCUCUUUGUCAAGAGGAGAAUGUGAAAGCUUGACGAUGGCCACUUCCUAUCUACUCACGAAUACCUUCCAUCAUUUACUUGAUGCCUUGCGCCUCUAUUUUUAUGCCCAACUAGACGACUUCUCAGCCAUUGUAGUGAUUGCACGGCGAUGACACUACGGCCCCCUUGAAAACCCGAUGCCGAGAGGCCGUAGCGCUGAAUUUGGUUUGCGGUGCGGGCAGCGGCCGAGCAUGAUUUCCAAGCUUCAUUUCCAUGGGGGUCACAAUAAAAUAGCUACAUCUUGAAUGAUACCUGCUGAAUCGCGACGUUUUAUUCAUCUUCAAGGUUCCUUAGGCAUGGGUUUGAUACAUAGGUGCUGUAAUGUAUGACGUGCACUUAUGGAUUAUUCUUGUCUUUCGGAUAGAGCUCAGUUGAUUCAUAGGUCUGUCCUCAGUGAUCGAAGGCCUGUAACGUUCGGGUGCGGAUUUCUUUCAACCUUUGCCCUGUCGGUUUACGACCCACACACCCCCGUGGCUCUCCUCCGUUUCCCGUUCUCCGUCCCCCGUUUCUUCUGCCUCUUUUGUUGAUGUUCCUGCCUUUGUCUUCAGGCUGUCCUGUCCGCUUUGUCGCCCUUUCGUGCUUUUGCCUUGCCAGUCACCUCCGCUUCCUCCGCCCCCUUCUCCUCUUCAUUUCCACUUCCUCCCAUCUUGCCCCAUACACGCGAUAUUUUUUGUGAAAGAUCUUGUUUCUACUGUUCAUAGUAGUCUGAGACUGCUAUUUCCAUUUUUCUGCUGUUGUCUGGACAUUGUGUGCGAAUUGCCUGGACAGCCGGACUUAGGUAAAGGCUCUCCGACUCAGUUUGAUCGCCCCGGGCUUGGGUCCUCUCCUUCAUCCGAUCGCACGGCGCCGCCAUUUCGGUUGUUUUCGCCUACCAACUUUCCUAACGAGUGCGUAAGCUAUUCCUUCUGCUGAACUCGCUGCAGCAACAGACUUUUUAUCUUGUUCUGUUCUUCAAUUUUUACCAUUUUCUAUGUGGUGGCUCCCGCCUUGUUCAGCCGCCCGAAAAUCCCCCAAAUUCGCGCGUGCCUUCCGUUCGGCCUCGCUUGCCUCCUCCUUCCUCACACGGGGCCCUCCGGUCCUCUGCCGUUAUUUUCACACGGAGCCCACCCCGAGAAUUUCUUCCUUUCAUCAACCAUUUUCGCUACCAUUUCAUCAUCCUCAGCAGCAUUUACUUACCAAUACCCUUACAGCCGUCAAUCGUUCCUCAGACUCACAGUUCCAAUAGUCCGCCGCCGACCAUGUCGUCUGGCGUUGUACGCUCUACCGCCCUCCGGGCUGGCGGUGCUUGCGUGCGUUGUCGCAAGGGCAAGACAAAAUGCGUUUAUGAGAAUGGCCGAGCGCCAUGCAAGAACUGCGCAAAGGGAAUGCAUGACUGCUAUCUGCCUUCAGAGAGUAUGGCUCAUCACCAUGGUCAAAGCCCAGCGCGACACGCCAAUCCUCAUCGGCCACCUCGCGACAGUCUUCCUGCUGCAGGACCUGGCGUUGUUGCUGAAGCGCGACAGCCUGUGGUAGGCUCCAGUGCUGCUCGUCAUGUUCAAACAGGUUCCGAUAAGCUCACUCCCGAACUGAUCGCCGAGUGUGAACGUGUUGUAUCGAAAACAUUUCCAGCUUGUGUUGCGUUUCACAAGCCCUCGUUUGUACAACAGCUGAAGAGCGCAUCUUUGGACGCUGCUUUGGUCUACGGUCUUUUGACUUGUGCCGCCAGGAGCUCUCCGAGUCUGAUCCGCCGAUAUGGAGGUCCUACUCAAGCUGCAGAGACAUUUGCUGCCAAGGCCAUGACCCUUAUCAACCAAAACUUGGAUCAUCCCAAUCUCGUCGACAUUCAGGCUCUAUGCUUGAUCAUUAUCCACGAAUGGGGCUCGCGAAAUGCCGUUCGUGCCUACAUUUACUUGGGGCAAGCGGCACGCAUGGUUCAGAUGUAUCGCAUCUUGAACAGCCAUCAUGCGUCCCCAGAUGGCGAUAUGUUCUUGCGGGAUGAAUCUCUUCGGCGUACUGUUUGGCUUAUUUACAUCUUGGAUUGUCUUUUAACCAGCACACCGGGACGUUUCGCCGCACUGUCUCCCCUCGACACCGCAGACGUGCCUUUGCCUUGCUCCGACAUCAACUUUGCAUUUGGCAACGCUGUCUUUGUCAAGACCCUGCGACAGCAGCUUGAUCCUACUGCCGUUCCACCUGGCCAACCACCAUCCGAGAUUGGAGAGUUUGGUUAUAUCGUCUUGGCAUCGACAAUCUGGCGUGACGUUGUUGGAAUGCUUACCACUACUACCCUCGCGAGUUUCCGCGAGGAGGACUGUGGCGAUUUAAUUGCCAAGAUCGAGGGUCUUCGAGCUUCUUUGCCCAUGCAGUUCGUGGACAAGCCGGGCCAGAUCAACCUACACAUGACGAUGGGCUCUGGCUACACCUUUGCCAUGCUCCACUGCCUCCUACAUUGCGCAACGAUCUUUGUCCAUCGAAGGCGUCUGUUGCAGGAAGUUACUUCAGUCAACUUCAACCUAGAGUCAUUCCGCCUUAACGCUCGAUGUCACGAUAUCAUUGAUCGGCUCUUUACUUCCUGCCACGGCACGAUCUCUCUACUGACCGCUGUCGAGGCAGGCUCUGAGAAGGACCACACCCCUUGCUUCCCGAUCUUCAUGCUAUUUUCAGCCUUUACAGCCAGUGCCACUGUUGCCUACCUGUCUCUCAAGGGCCUCACACCGCCCAACGCUGUCGAGACCGCCGCUCACAUUGUCAAGGAUGGUCUACGAUUUAUGAGUGAUGGCACUGAGAACUGGCCUCUGAUGGGCAGCUGGCUUCGACACCUCACCGUCAUGCAAAGAGUGCUCAACAACGAUGCUGCGGCUGCCAAUGGUGGCUCCUUGCGCCAUGGCUCGACAUCUCACGGUGCGGGUGUUAAGGACGAAAUCUCAUCCAACGCUGACACCAACCCGGAUGCGAUGGACUAUGACCAGCAGACCAACCAUGCAGGUAGCGUCUCAGGUCAGGGCAAUCCUCGAUCUGUCUCAGAGUCUGUGCGUGGCGACAGUGAGCCUCCUGUUGUUCUGGCAAGACGACCUGGCGUUACAACCAUCAACGGGUCUGGGGGAGCAUCCACCCCUACGACAGUUUCGCCACCACCGUCCAAUACGACCCACGGAACAGUACCCGAUAUCAAACAACAGCCUAGCCCAGAAAUGGCAAAUGGGAUUGUGCCUCCUCAGGAUGGACAGACGACGAGCCAGGAUAUGACUGCACCGGAGCUUUGCCAAGCCUUCGAGCGACAGCUCCUUGAUCUCGAUGAUCUUGCGGCUUUCAUGGGCGGAGGGGUUUAGUGAGACGAGGCUAUGAAUAAUUUUCAACAGAAAUAAUGAGGGUCUUUAGCGAUUGGUAUCAAAUUUUGGGCAAAUGCAAGAUCAUAAUGGUGAAGUCGGGGGAUCGCUACAUUAACAAGAGACUUGCCAGGGUUUUUGUAGGACUACGUUGCGAAGGAAUACCCAAUAUAACCUGGAAGGGCGUUGGGGAGAGAGUCUUUUUUGGUACCUAGAGGUACCCAGUCGAUAUAUUCAAGAAGUCGGUGUUCUCCUUUCCUUCGAGACACCAACAGUUACAACCCAUGUUUGCUGUGAAGUGCAUGUAACCAACCCUGAUAUGGAUAGAACCUAUCCGAGCACCAAGCAUGUCGAUUUUGGUUUGAGGCUAG